GGAAAUCGAAAGUGAAAUAGGCAACUUGCCGCCAGCUGGUGAGUACCCUGAAAAGGCUACCCCCAGGAUCUCUGCAUUGCUGCUUUCUAAGAACAUUAGCCCUAUGGCCUCAGUAGCGCCCUUGGCAAUGAUGUGGGAGGAGGUUACAUGCCCUAUCUGCCUGGAUCCCAUGGUGGAGCCUAUGAGCAUUGACUGUGGCCACAACUUCUGCCAUGAAUGCAUCUCUGAAGUCGGGAAAGAUGGGGGCGGUGUCUGUCCUGUGUGUAAGCACAACUUCUUGCUCCAAAACCUCCGACCCAACUGGCCACUGGCUAACAUGGUGGACAACCUCAAACAAAUGGCCCAGAGUGCCAAGGAGGACACACAGGGGGACCGAUGUAAGGUGCAUGGAGAGAAACUGCACCUGUUUUGUGAGGAAGAUGGGAAGACCCUUUGCUGGGUGUGUUCCCAGUCCCAGAGACACCGUAACCACCACAUGGUUCCUAUUGAAGAUGCUGCUCAGGAAUACCAGAAGAAGCUUCAAGUGGCAUUAGGGAAACUGAGAAAAGGACAGGAGUUGGCCGAAGAGAUGGAAGUGAAUAUUGCAACAAAGAGAACAGCCUGGAAGAAUCAGGUUGAAACACACAAACUGAGAAUUCAUGCAGAGUUUGUGCAGCAGAAAAACUUCCUGGCUACAGAGGAGCAGCGGCAACUGCAGAGGCUAGACAUGGAGGAGAGGAACCAACUGAGAAUCCUGGGGGAGGUGGAGGCCAUGCUGGCCCAGAAGAGCCAAGCCCUGCAGGAGCUGGUGAUGGAGCUGGAGAGGAGGAGCAGGGGUUCAGCUGUCGAGCUGCUGCAGGAGGUGAAAAAUGUCCUGGGAAGGAGUGAGUCUUGGAACCUGAAGGAGCUGGACAUCACCUCCCCAGACCUGAGGAAUGUGUGCCUUGUGCCAGGGUUGAAGAGGAUGCUGAGGACAUGUGGAGUACACAUCACUCUGGAUCCGCACACAGCCAAUUCGUGGCUCAUCCUUUCAGAGGAUCGGAGACAAGUAAGGCUCGGAGACAGACGGCAGGAAGUGCCUGAAAAUGAGGACAGAUUUGACCAUUAUCCCAUGGUCCUGGGUGCCCAGUGCUUUGACUCUGGACAGGUUUACUGGGAGGUAGAUGUGACAGGGAAGGAGGCCUGGGACCUGGGUGUUUGUAGAGACUCUGUGCAAAGGAAGGGGCAAUUUUUGCUCAGCCCUGAGACAGGCUUCUGGACAAUUUGGCUGUGGAACAAACAAAAAUAUGAGGCUGGCACCUGCAUCCAGACUCCCCUCCACCUUCAGGUCCCUCCACGCCAAGUUGGGAUUUUCCUGGACUAUGAGGCCCGCAUUGUCUCCUUCUAUAACAUCACUGACCACGGCUCCCUCAUCUAUACCUUCUCUGAAUGUGCCUUCACUGGACCUCUACGGCCCUUCUUCAGUACUGGUUUUAAUGAUGGAGGAAGAAAUGCAGCUCCUCUUGUCCUCUGUCCUCUGGAGAUGGGGUGAUAGGGAUCCACUGACCUGUUGUGGCAUUCUCUGGACACCAAUACCUCUCCUGUUGGUGCCCUUCUCAGCCACUGACCUUCCUCUUUUCCCCAGGAACUCUGAACCACUUUGUCUCUGCAGAGGGUCAGGAUACCAGCAAGCCGACUUUGGCAGGGGAGUUCACUGAAAAUCUACAUCAGCAUUCCUAACACUAGAUUGCUUUAUGAUUCCUUCCAUGAAAUAAACUACUUCUAUUUGGCUCAAACCACCUCAAUCAA